AUACAAGGCUUCACCUCAUCUUCCAUUUUAAAUUUAAUUAUUUGUUUUCUCCUUUUCCCUUUGACCCAUCAAAAACUGGUUGGCAUUUAGCCGUCCCAAACUUUUUAAAUUUUAAUUUAAACUGAAACUCUUCCUCUUAUUUAAUCUGUUUUCACUUCUAGAUUCUCUUUAAAACCCUAUUUUUAUUCCUUAUCAUGACCUUCAAAUUUCCCCAUUAAAUCCCAUUUUUUUCUUGAAUAAUUUGUCAUGAAAAUUCUCUGUAACCCAUUUUUUCUUUUGCUAACGGCCGCCGGUUUAUUAUUUCUCCUCCGUGUAAUUCUAAUCAAGACCGGCCUGAUUUUCUUGAUUGAAAAAUGGUGGAGACUAAUUCAAGAUCGUGUCCAUGUCUAUCAGUUUCUUAAAGUCCCGGAAUUCAACGAAAACAUGCAAGAAAAUCAACUCUACCGGCAAGUCUCCGUUUAUCUGAAUUCUUUAUCGUCAAUGGAGGAUUCCGAUUACACCAACCUCUUUACCGGAAAAAAAUCAAAUGAUAUAAUUCUCCGACUCGACGAUAACCAGGUAAUUGACGAUUAUUUUCUUGGGUCUAGGGUUUCUUGGAAGAACGAAGUGAAAACGGAUUCAAUCAAAGCUUUGGUUUUAAAGAUUAGAAAAUCCGAUAAACGGAGAAUUCUCCGGCCGUAUCUCCAGCACAUUCACACAGUUUCCGACGAGCUUGACCAGAAGAAGAAGGAAUUAAAGCUGUAUAUGAACAUCAAUCAGAAUCAAAUCGGACGGUGGAGAUUCGUCCCGUUUACUCAUCCGUCGACGUUUGAGACGAUAGCCAUGGAGUCUGAUCUCAAAUUGAAAUUAAAAUCGGAUCUUGAAUCGUUCCUCAAAGCCAAACAGUAUUAUCAUCGCUUAGGCCGCGCGUGGAAACGGAGUUAUUUAUUGUACGGUCAAUCCGGUACCGGAAAGUCAAGCUUCGUAGCGGCGGUUGCUAAUUUUCUUGAUUAUGACGUCUACGAUAUCGAUCUUUCAAAGGUUUCCGAUGACUCUGAUUUUAAAUUGCUGCUUCUGCAAACCACGAGUAAAUCGGUGGUUGUGGUUGAAGAUCUUGACCGGUUUUUAUUGGAUAAACCGACCGCGGUUAGCUUAUCGGGUAUUUUAAACUUCAUGGACGGGAUUUUAAACUCGUGUUGCGCGGAAGAGAGGAUUAUGGUUUUUACUAUGAAUAGUAAGGAUCAUAUCGACCCGGCUAUUCUUAGACCGGGUCGGAUCGAUGUUCAUAUCCAUUUUCCGUUGUGCGAUUUUUCGGUAUUCAAAUCACUGGCGAACUCGUACUUGGGAGUAAAAGAGCAUAAGUUGUUCCCGCAAGUAGAGGAGAUUUUCCUAACCGGCGCGAGUUUGAGUCCAGCUGAAAUCGGUGAGUUAAUGAUAGCCAACCGAAACUCGCCGAGUCGGGCGUUGAAAUCGGUUAUAACCGCUUUGCAAACGGAGGGUGAUUGUAGAGGGUCGGUAAAUAUCGGGCGGAGUAUAUUCGGAAACGGGUCGAGGGUAUCCAUGGACGGCGAACCGGGUGAUAAUUCGGGUAUAUUUAGUAGGGAAAGUGUGAAUUCUAUUACGGAUAUUAGGAAAUUAUACGGGUUGUUGAGAUUAAAAGGCAGCCGUAAAGCACAGUCGUUCAAUUUGACAAAAGGGCAAAAGGAUGGGUGAUCGUACGGUGUGGAAACAUUUCGUAUAAAUUAACGAUUUUAAGUGUUAGAAAAGAUGAUGGCGAAUGUUAAUAGAAGGAAUAUAGUGUAGAUUUAGAGUAUUUGAUGUUUUGAGAUUUUGGUAUUCUUUUUUGGCUUUAAUACAUUGUUCGUACCCCAAUUAGAAAAAGAAUAUGAUUCUCUCA